AUGUGUCCGGCUCUCAUGCCGUGCAGAGGGCCGUGUUAUGUUCGGCGUGGCCAGGCCCUCGAGUCGACCACCACCACAUCUGGCACAGACAUCGCCGCAACUGUCGCAGCCCUCGUCGUACCAUGCCUCUCCUUCGCGCUGGUGCUCUGUUCACCUCCGCUAUCGUGGUGGCGGCCGCCUGCCUCUCAACAAACCCCCGGCAAGAGUCAACUCCCUUUCAUACCCCUUCUUCUCCCCUGCUCGUCUCCUCUGCCUGUUGCCGUGCGAGCGUUGAGGAAGCGGUGGGCUCAUCACGUCGGAACUGGCGCGGUGUGCCGACUGUUGAGCACGCGGCGUUGCGACACUCCGCCGGUCAGCAGGAAGCCACCGUUGCUGCUGCAGUUGCUUCUUCUUGGUGGGCAGCUGCCGCACGUUCUUUGGCCCCUCGCCGCGGUGGAAUGGUGCCGCAGCGGUAGACAGCGUCGCGUCCGGCACCCGAAGAGCCCGCCACACACCACCACGGCCACGCCCUCUGCCUCUUCCACAGCGCCAGUGCAAUUUCCUCGACGAAGGAGCUCUUGCGCGAGAUGUGGUGGUUCAUCAGCGCUCCGGCGACGCAAUGCUCCACGACAAUGCUUGAAAGAUAGAGGACGCCUUGGCGGUGCGCCUGCUCUGCGGGAGACACUUGGCGUUCUCAGCAAUCAGAAUCAUUGUCGUGUCUGCUUUAAUUUCUCUUGUUUUCGUGCCUUUAUCUCAAUUUCUUCUCCCUCUUUCCACUCCGUUUUUCAAUCGCAUCUUCUUUCCUUUUACAGUCAUAUUUAG